AUGAUGGAGCUCAUGCAGCUUCUCCAGGGCAGCCUCUCCCCGGCCACGGACGUGCGUGCACAGAGCGAAGCUCGUCUGAUUGAGCUCCUGCGUCUUCCUGGCUUUGCUCUGGAGCUCGUCAAGUUUCUCUGCUCAACGGAAGCGUCCGAGACGCAGCGGCACUUGGCAGCGCUUUUGCUGAAGCAGCUCGUGACAUCCUAUUGGACAUUAAUGGAAGAGGCGACAAGUGACAGUGUCUAUGUCGUUUCUGAUUCUGAGAAGACGCAAGUCAGGCAUGCACUUGUACUGGCGCUAGAGCAGCGCCUGGAGCUCUUUGGACAGAGCAAACUGCAGACAGCUCUGUGUCUCCUUUUGGUCGCUAUUUUUGAGCGAGAUUGGCCAGACCAAUGGCCCGAGAUCUUGCCAGCUGUUAUGAUGAUGAUCUCCGGUCAGCAUACGCUGCAAAUUGACGUGGCUGUGCGGUUUUUAUCGCUUGCAGGGGGACACUUCUCCAGCGACAAUUGCUGCGAACUCGUGGCGUCGAUUUUCCCACAUUUACAGCGUCUAUUUGUGCGCAGAAAUGAGUUUUCAAUCGGUACCAGAACGAGAACUGCGCGUAUUGUGCAAAGCAGUUUGUUGAUGGUUGGCAUGGAGGCGCAGGUGGGCAACAAUGUGGCAAAGCAGCUGCUGCAUGAGAAUACGACGCAGUGGAUUGCCUUGUUUCUAGAGGAGCUAGCGCGACCGGUGCAGAGCGUCAAGGAGUACUCGAUGAAGAUCCAGAUCUUGACAUCGCUAGCAAGCUUCGUGCGUGAAUGGCCGAAGGAGAUGACCGACAUGAUGCCGCAGAUAAUGCCGCAGAUUUAUGGAUUGAUGCUUCGCGACGUGGAAGUGUACGACCGUGAUGUGGUGCUGAGUGCCUCGGGGGAGGACGAAGACUACGACAGUGAUGGAGAGGGUGCACUGAUCGGCAGAAGUGCGAUGAUUGUCGCUGUGUUUGAGUUUGUGCGUGGCGCAAUCCAGGCGCCAACAAAGAAAACACGUCAUUUGAUUGUUGCUGGACUGGCCGACUUUGUUUUUGUAAUGAUCGGGUACAUGCAGAUCACGGUGAGCCAGAUGGAGUCGUGGCAAGAGGACCCGAACAAGUACGUUGCAGACGAGGACGACGAAAGUCUGGCGUUCAAUGUGCGUAACGCUGCAACCGAUCUCUUGACGGAGCUAGAUGCUAUGCUGGGACGAAAGGCUGUAGUGGCUGCGCUCGGUGCGGCUCAACGACGCUUGAAGGCUGAAAACACAAACAACUGGCGUCUCCAGGAAGCUGCGUUAUUGGUUGUAGGAUGUUUGGCCACGUCAACGCUUGAUGCGAUUCGUAAGCACGCUAACGAUAUCACCCAGCUGCUGGAUCUUUCGGCUUUCUUGCAAACUUUGUUCAAGGUAAUGAACGCGGGUAGCCAGGAGAUUUACCUGCGGGCAAGAGCACUGUGGUGUGCGAGUCGUCUUGCCCAGGGCAUGAACCGAGAGAUGUUGGAUGCUUUCUUCCGAAUGGCAAUUUCGGGGCUCGAGCAAGGCCAAGUCUUACCUGUUCGGAUGUAUGCCUGCCGUGCGAUCGGUGCCAUUGUUCGCAAUAAUGUGGGUAAGGCACGGCUGCAGGAGGCAAGUUUUGUCAUCGUCGACCGGCUGACCAGCUUAGCAGAGCAAUCCACCCACGAGACGCUUCAUAUUUCUCUGGAGACGCUGGUCGUUAUUCUCCAAGAAUCGGACGGUCUAGCUCUUGAGUCGGCGCAGCGUGUGGUUUCAUGCUUCUUGCGUAAUUGGACCCAGCACUUGAAUGAUCCGCUGAUUUCUGAACUGAUUGAUGGUGCGUUUGGAGCGCUUCUACAGCUCGACGAUACUGCUGUGACGGUGAAGGUGCACGAGCAAGUCCUGCCUGUGAUUCGAUCGAUGCUUGUCCAAAGUGUUUCGAACUUGGAAGGUGCUGGCAGUGGUAUCUACACUGCCGGCAGUGCGCUGACUAUCCUGAAGACACUGCUUCGUCAUUCGUUUGCUUCAAGCGGUACUGUGGCAGCAGGCAGUGCCGAUCUAGCGGCCCAGGUCGUGCAGCAAGCGUUUGAGCCACUUGUUGUGGUGUUGGGUGCUGUUGAAGACGAAAAGGUGCUGAAUUCUGGCUCCGAGUGCUUGAAGUGGCUCGUGAUGUUCGCUGUGGAUCCUCUGAUGGCACACAGCACCGCCGCUGGCGAAAACGGCACCGACACAAUAUUGUUGGUAUCAGCAAAACUACUCUCACCUGCAGUCUCCGACGCAAGUGCCGCUUGUGUAGGUGGCUUGAUCACGCAGAUCCUGUUGAAGCUGGGUCCGAGCCUUCCCACUGCAACCGUGCAGUCAAUUCUCAGUGCUGUCUGCGCCCGACUGGCGGCAACAGAGUUGCCGUCGCUGGUUCAGUCUCUGUGCAUGGUGUUUGCUCGCCUUGUACACUCCCACGGCACUGAGCUUUUGAACGUGUUGGAGCAGUUGCCGCCUCCCGCUGCGCUAGCAGGUCGUGCGCAGGCGCCAAACAUGCUGACGUUUGUGUUCCGAACCUGGAUCGAGAAGCAGCAAGAUUUCUAUGGAUUGUACUGCAUCAAGGUGACUAUGAGUGCGCUGCUAAAGGUUGUCGCGUGGAAUGACCCUCGCAUAAACUCCAUUACCGUUAAUGGAAGCGUGGUCGAUUCGACAAGGACAGGCGCCACUGGUAUCCGGACGCGAUCGAAAGCUCGAAGUGCUUGUGCAUCGGAUGAGAUACAGUACACGACGGUACACUUUUUGUCAAAGCUGGUUGUCAUUCUUGCGAAGACCAUGUCGAACUUGGCAGAGGAAGAGGAGGAGUGGGAGUCAUCGGACGAUGAGUCGUCGGACGGCGACGAUGAGGACGAUGCAAUCUCUGGUGCCGCAACAUCGUCCUCAGUGUUUGCGCCUGCAGAGGAUUACAAACUUCUGUCGGACCGUUUGGUCGAUGCUGGCGCUGUAGAGGUCCAUGAAGGCGAAGAGCCUGAGGAAGAAUUUGAGGCGUACUUCGAUCCGUUGAAUGAAGUAGACCUGAAGGACGCGAUUCCUCGGGCUUUGCAAAACGUCACGGCGGAUCCGGACUUGCUCCAGGCAAUCAUGCCGGAACUGACGCUUGCAGACAAGGAGGCACUGGCUGCCGUGUCGGCGCUUUCGACGUAG